GCUUGAGAACGGAAAGUGGUUCUUUGGUCAACAUGUCGCUUCCAAUGGUUUUGGCUAUUGAUGAUGACACCAAAACUCGAAUUGGGUCGUCUCCAAAUGUGGGGUUGGUUGGUCCUAAUGGAGAUUUGGUCGGUAUUCUUCGGAGUAUUGAAAUAUCAAGCAUAACAAAGAAGAAAGAAUAGCUAGAACUUGGGGUACAACUACUCCAGGAUUGCCAUAUGUCGAGGAGGUUAUUACUCCAGCUGGAAAUUGGUUGGUUGGUGGAGAUUUGGAAGUGUUGAAUCCUAUCAAAUAUAAUGAUGGGCUUGAUCACUACAGGCUCUCACCUCAACAACUCCGGAAGGAAUUUGAUAGGCGUCAGGCUGAUGCAGUUUUUGCUUUCCAAUUAAGUAACCCUGUGCAUAAUGGGCAUGCUUUGUUAAUGAAUGACACACGCAAGCGACUUUUGGAAAUGGGAUACAAGAAUCCGAUUCUAUUACUGCAUCCUUUGGGAGGUUUCACAAAGGCAGAUGAUGUGCCCUUGGAUGUUCGGAUGGAGCAACAUAGCAAGGUCCUAGAAGACGGAAUUCUUGACCCUGAGACUACUAUUGUAGCCAUAUUUCCAUCACCUAUGCAUUAUGCUGGUCCAACUGAAGUGCAGUGGCAUGCCAAAGCAAGGAUAAAUGCAGGAGCCAAUUUUUACGUUGUUGGUCGUGACCCUGCAGGUAUGGGUCACCCGACUGAGAAGAGGGAUUUAUAUGACCCUGAUCAUGGGAAAAUAGUCUUAAGCAUGGCUCUUGGCCUGGAGAAGCUAAAUAUUUUGCCAUUCAGGGUGGCAGCCUACGACACCUUGGAAAAGAAGAUGGCAUUUUUUGAACCUUCACGUGCUAAAGAUUUCCUCUUCAUCUCCGGAACCAAGAUGCGAACUUAUGCAAGGACUGGUGAGAACCCCCCUGAUGGUUUUAUGUGCCCUGCGGGAUGGAAUGUCCUCGUCAAAUAUUAUGAGAGAUUGCAAGCUGAAGAGGCGUUGCAGCAGCAAGUCGUGUUGACUAGUUAAGAUCUAUACCAGAGUUUUGGACAGGUUAAUUUCUCUUCCUUUCGUUAUUUCUUCAUCUUUUGGGGAUAAACGGCAAGUUGCGGGAGGAUGUAAUAGUAGAGACUAUGGAGCACUAUUUCGUAGUAGCACCCAUAAGAUGCCCGAUUGAGAAUGAUCUGUGCUAAGUGUGCUUGUAAACUCCUCUUUGACUAUUGGUGUUGGGCUUCAUUUUCUAAGUAGGGCAUGGUUGAUAUGCAUGUAAUAUAUUUAAUUCCUUUA